AUGGCUGCGACGGAGGUUGCCCCCAGCGUCCCCAUCGUCCUCCUCUCUAGUGAGCUUCUGAAGCAGCCGGGUAGCGCCGCCUGGGCAGCCGCGCGCGCCCAAGUCUGGGGGGCCCUCGAGGAGUUCGGCUGCUUCGAGGCGAUCUACGACGGGAUCUCGCCGGAGCUGCGGCAAUCCGCCUUCGCCGCCGCGAAGGAGCUCGUCUCCCUGCCCGUCGAGACCAAGCGGCGGAAUGUCCCCGCCGGCCCUUUCCUCGGCUACGUCGGAGACAUCCGGGGCCUUCCAUACGAGAGCCUCGCCGUCGACGACGCCCUCGACCCGGCGGCGGCCCGCGGCUUCACCGACCUGAUGUGGCCGGAGGGGAACCCCGGCUUCUGGUACCCCCCAAACUCUCAUCUCCAUCCUCCACAUCGUGAAGAUCUGAGACUUAGCUCGAUCGUCUCAUUCCUCUCCUUCCCAGCGAAGCCGUCUGCAACUUCGCCGAGGCGGCGGCGGCGGUGGAGGGAGCGGUGAGGAGGAUGGUGCUGGAAAGCUUGGGAGUCGAGAAGUACUGCGGCUUCCACGCGAGGUUCACCAAGUACAAGGUGCGAUUGUCGGAGUACGCUCCGCCGGCGUCGGAAGGGGAGGCGAUGCUCAUCUUGCCGCCCCACACGGACAGCAGCGUGACCACGCUCACCCUCCAGAACCACGUCCAUGGCUUCGAGGUGAAGACGAAGAGCGGGGCCUGGGUCUGCGUCAACCCUUCCUCCCCCAGCUCUCUCAUCUUCAUCAACGGCGACGCCUUCAGGGUACGUCCUUCCGCCGCCUCCCUCCUCCCGUGAGAGCUUCUUUCUGAUUGAUUGGCUGACACGGCGGCGCCGCCGGUGUUGAAGGCGUGGAGCAACGGACGGCUGUACGCGCCGCCGCACCGCGUGACGGUCGCCGGUGGCGAGAUCAGGAUGGUCAUCAUGCUGUUCGCGGUGCCCAAGGACGAGGCGGUGGUAGAAGCCCCGGCGGAGCUCGUCGACGGGGAGAAGAACCCCGCGCGGUUCAGGCCCUACAAGUUCUUGGAGUACGCCGAAGCCUUCAAUUCCCUUCUCGCCGCUGCCGGCGACGACCCAACGUCCGUCCUUCCGGCAUUCUGCGGGUACGCAGCACCCGAACCCAAGGCAGAAACAUGA